UCUUUUUCUUUGUUUUUCCUUAAAAAUCCGCAUUUGCAUCUGCAUUCUGAUGUUUGCACACCACGCAUGCAUUGCUCGACUUGUUACAAUCAGCGUGCAAUGGAUAAUAAAUCCGAAGCUGUCGGUGUGUGCGUUGAGAAAACAGCGCGAUGCGAUGCGAUGCGAUGCGCGCGCGCUUGGUGUAAACUUUUUACACGACUUAAAAACAAAAAAAAAACAAACAAACAAACAACAACAACAAAAAAAAACCCACAAGCUUUUUACAAAAAGUUAUCCCGGAGCUCGUGUGUGCAUCCGCGCGCGCGCCAGGAUGUAGAGUAGCUGAAUCGUUGUUUGCAUUCCUGCAUGUACAUCUUAUUAAAUAACAAUUUUAAAAAAAAAUGUAAAAAUAAAUAAUAAAUAAAUAAAUAAAAGCGAAACUGGAAGUGCGUGCAUUGUUAUAUAAUAAUAAUGAUCAUAAUAAUAAUAAUAAUAAUAAUAAUGAACAGGUGGCGCGUGAACUUCGUGAACUUCAUGCACCUAAAAAAAAAACAUGCAUUUAAAUUUUUAUUUUAUUUUAUAAAUUUAAUACAUGCAUUGCAUUCAUUUUGAUCAAGCCUGAGUUUUUUAAUAGGCGUUGAAUAUUAAAUAUAUUUAUUUUUAUUUGCAUAUGUGAAUAAAUAAUUGCAGUCAGUUAUGUUGCAUGGAAAGAAAACGCAUAAAGAUAGAUUAUGCGUUUUCUUUUCCUUUUUAUUUUAGUUUUAUAUAUAUAUUUAUAUAUGAAUUCUUAUAUUUCCACUAAAUUGCAUGCAAUGCAUGCAGUGUUUCCUCUGUGCAAGUCGUUUAACAGCGAAUCCAAACGACUUAAAAACGACUUUUUAGUGCUUUUGCAACAGCACGAGCCUCCACUAAAACAGCUAGAAUUGCAGUAAAAUAUUGAUUAAUAGCUCUUAUUAUAGCGAUCAACAGUAAAAUAAAAGCCAAGUGUCAUUAUUAGAUUAAAUAUUUACAUUCUUCUAAAAGCUCCAGAUCAUGUGCUCUGGCCAAACCAAACAAUCUGCACCUGGAUAUUAAAUACACAUUAUCAGGAGAACAAUUUAUCACGGGAUAAAAGUCAUUCUCCAGAGCAAAGGAUGCCGUUUAUCCUGUUCAUAAAACAAAACAUUAUUUUCCUAACAAUUUAUAGAAAUCUUAAUUGUUUUUUUUUUCCCCUCUAAAUGCAUGGUUUGCUAUUAUAAUCUGAUAAAACACAUAAAUAAACCCAGUGUAUCUGUUUAUGAAUAUAAAACAACCCUCAAAACAGCUUUCUAUUACAUUUAAAUCUCUUUAAAGAAUAAGAACAGCAAGAAGCUAAUAAUAAGAUAAUAACUAGCCCGUGUUUAGAGUUAGCAUGCGAUUAUUUGAAAUUUACAUCAAAAAAAACUUCACAAUCUCUUCAGAAAAUGUUUCAUCCAUCCACUAGACUUAAUGUACAAUCUUUAAUCGUUCACAAAACGAAAAAAAUUGUACAAAAUUUGGUUUUAUAUGUCAUUUUUGUGUAGUCAGGUGGCUAAUCUGAGGAGGGAAAAAAACGGUUUUUCUCUCUCACACACACACACAGAGAGAGAGAGAGCUCGCGCGAGCAAGUGGCUUGGCGCGCGCAUCACCUUUCGCGCCCUUCAGCAGAAAAGGGGCCACAGCCACUGCUGAUCGACUUAGAAGCCGCACAGGAAUCAUGGGUAGUAAAACACUUCCUGCUCCUGUACCUCUUCAUCCGUCCCUCCAACUGGCCAAUUAUUCCCUCCUCCAAACGUCCAACGGCUUCCAUCUUCCCGCCGAUCAAAUGCCGGGGAUCUACAGCUUCAGCGCGCUUCACGCCGUCCAUUUGCACCACUGGACGCUGGGAUAUCCUCCAUUUUUGCCCCGCUGCACCUUCUCUCGUUUCCCUCUUCCCUCCAUCCCGCUCCUCCCUCAGCUCGUGCAUCCAGCCAAACAGGAAGCGAAGAGCAAGCCGCGCUUUGACUUCGCCAACUUGGCCGCCGCCGCCACUCAGGAAGAGCCGCUGAAGGCCGAGGACCUGAGCGUGUCCGUUGGAGGUGGAGGGCACACAAACGCGCCCUCCCUAGGCUGCCUACUCGACGUGGCCAAGCUGGCUUCGCCCGAGAGGAAGCCGAGCCGAGGGCGGCUGCCUUCCAAAACCAAGAAGGAGUUCGUGUGCAAGUUCUGCGGCCGCCAUUUUACGAAGUCGUACAAUCUGCUGAUCCACGAGCGCACGCACACGGACGAGAGGCCGUACACGUGCGACAUCUGCCACAAGGCCUUCAGGAGGCAAGAUCAUCUCCGAGACCACCGGUAUAUCCACUCCAAAGAGAAGCCGUUCAAAUGCCAGGAGUGUGGAAAAGGUUUCUGUCAGUCCAGGACUCUCGCCGUCCACAAAACAUUACACAUGCAAGUCAAAGAGCUCAAACCCGCCAAGAUAAAGUGAGGUCACGCUGCCUUAGCCAAUGGGGACACUGGAAAGCCAAAGACCCGAGGACAUCAGCCAAUAGCAAUAGCAAUGUGACCAAAGAGUGAAAGGUGCAAGACUCAAACUAAUAUGAUAUCAAAAUAUGGACUUACGGAGCCAAGAGCUCUCGUUGAAUCUGCAAACACACGAUGGUUCUGAAUAAAAAUCGGAUUUUAAUAAGUGAGGUCAAGCUGAAACAGCCUGUGGGAGCGCAGGAAAUCCAGAACCACGAGGACUUCAGCCAAUAGCGAGAGCCAAACCCAAAAUAUGACCAAAGAGUGAAAGGUGCAAGGCUCGAAUGGAUACCAAAAAUAUAUAUGUAUUUGUGGAUCGCUGUGGAUUUAAAGUGAGAUCCAAACACCUCAAAGACAUCAACUGAUAAGACGGCUAGAGAUCCAAAGAUCUACAGGACCAUCAGCAAAUAGUGAGAGCCAAGUGCAAAAAAAAAACACUUCUUCAAGUGUUCAAGGUGCAAAACUCGAGCUAACACGAUACCAAAUCAUGGAUUUAUGAAUCCGAGAGUUUGAUGAAUCUGCAAACACGUAGCAAUUUUGGAUAAAAAUAGGGAGGUCGAGCAGAAUCAGCCAGUGAGGACAUGGGAAAUCCCAAAGAGACCUGUUUAAGAUGACCAAAGAGUGAAAGGUUCCAGAGCAAGAGUUAAACCAAUAUGAUACUCAAAUAUGGAUUAAUGGACUGCUGAAGUUACAGAACAGUGCUUAAUUGGACACAAUUGGAUCUAAGUAGCAUCGGACUCAGACUUUGAGAAGCGUAAUCGUCUUGGAUUUACAGAUUUGGAGAACUUUGGAGUUUUGGUAGCGCCGUGAAUGGAUCAAAUCCAGAGGCCAGACUCGAGUGUACAAAAAUGUGAUCUCAGACUUUUUUCUGUCCAUGCUGACAGAUCCAUCAGUUUAUUGUUUAUCGAUUGAGUUUGGUUGAUGAAGACCAAUUUCCAGAAGCCCACAGAGGCUCUGUGACGUACAGGACAAUCAUAAACACUUAAAAAAAAAAAAAAAAAAGAA